AUGGCGUCUCCUGAGGCUCCCUCUCUUAUUUUGAAAGCGGCUCUUCGAGAAUUUCAAACCGACAAGGUCGAUAUUCUGGUGAACAACGCGGGCGUCGGAGGAAACGCACCACUCGAAGAAGUCACAAUUGAAGACUAUGAUCGUCUGAUGGCAGUCAAUGUCAGAGCAGUCAUCUUUAUGACUCAAAGCGUCUUACCUCACAUCAACCGCGGCGGUCGUAUUGUCAACUUGUCUUCGAUAUCUGCCCGCGGUGGCUACCCGACUCAAUCCGUUUAUGCCGCAUCCAAAGCUGCUGUCGAAGGUCUGACACGGGUCUGGGCCACAGAGCUGGGCCACAAAUACGGGGUAACUGUGAAUUCAGUCAACCCUGGCCCUGUCGAUACUGAUAUGUACCGUGCUGCCGGAUCUGUGCAUCUUGCGAGGAUGGAAGAACAGAAUAAGAAGGUUCCUGCCGAGCCCAGAUGUGGAACGGAGGAGGAUGUGGCAGAUAUCAUUGUGUUCUUGUGCGAAGAAAGAUCGCGCUGGGUGACCGGGGACACGAUCUGUGCGAAUGGAGGUAUGGUAUACACAUAG